AUGAAGCUCAGCGUCGCCGCCUCUGUCGUCCUGAUGGGCGCUGCUCCCCUUGUCCAGGCAUUUCCUGCCUCUGCCGACAGGCGCGAUAUGGCUCUCUCCGACAGCGAGGUUAUCUCCCGCGACACAAGCUGGCUGGACUCAAGAGGGGCGGCACUCGGCAGCACCGACCUGAACAAGGUCGUUUCCAAGCUGCUUGGCAUCCUUCAACUAGUUCCCAACCCGCCUCCCCCUGACGACGACGAUGAGGAGCCCUCUAAGCGUGUCUCUCAGCAUUCAAAGAGACUCCUGGACAUAGAUCUAGACUCCCUUGCAAACAAGGCCACCGUUGCAGCCGGACUCACAGCGCCGCCACCAGGCCCUGACUCGCCUUCUCGACGCGGGGAGGGCAACGACCUUGCAGCCUGAGCUCGUCUACGGAGAACGUCUCUCACGAGAUAGAGUGUGAACAUACGCAUCAUACGGCUUGACAUUCAUGGAGGGAAGUACAGAAUGGAAAGUCAAAGCAGCAUCUGGUCAGCAGCGUGGGCCGGGCAGUUCACAAAGUGUUAUCGAUGACAAGGAUAAGGGAUACGGAGGGCCAGGGACAUAGG